CGUCCUCGAAGCGCCAUGCUGCUGCUUCGGUCAUCGUGGGAUAAUUGCUUUUGGUCUGAGGACCGUGAGUGUCGUUUUUAUUGAUCUACGAUUAUUCUUUCGUGGUGGUUACUGUUGGGAUUAUGGAUGAUUGCUGUGUUGGUGGGGCAGUGAAAAUCUCGGGAUCAACAGCUUCUCUAGAUACCGAGUAUCAACAUCACCGUCAACACCUCGACCGUCGAGAUACAGGAAUGCAGUCCUACAUUGACGUGGUACAAUGCAAGGGUUAUGAGCCAUUAUGACGUCUCACAUCUUCUGUCACACCCGGGUACCAAGUACCUGAUAUCCUAAGGAGCAGCGCUUAUAUACAACCCCAAAGGCUCAUCUGGAAAUCGUUUUUAUCAUUCGAGCUAACUGACAUGAAAUUGCUUUGCAUCCAAGAAUCGGCAGUAGAAGCAAGUAGUAGAAAUUUCAUCCAAGCCAUAUAUAGAUUAAAUCCUAGAAGCAUAAACAAAUACUUUCGUGAUCCCUAGGAUCAGACUUGGCUACCUGACUUAAAAUAGUUGAUGUUUGUUUUGUGAAGAGGGACGAUGACUUUCAUGGCCUUACUAUCCGU